AUGGCCCCUACAACACGUCGACAGAGUGGAAAACUUCCUCCGCCUCGUAAUCCUGUCUCGUUUGCUUCCCACGAAGAUGAGGACGACUUUAUGGACGGGGCCCUGAGCGAUCUGGAUGAGCCAUUGCAGACCGCGACAACUCGGGAAGCAGCGGUCAGGAAGGCUGUCAAGGCGGAUGACCCUCAGGGCAGCGAAGACUUCGAGGAUGAAGAGGAGAAGGAAGAAGGAAUAAAAUAUGAUGAGGAAUACAAUGCGUCUGGUAAAAGACCUACGAAGCGCCGGAAAGUAGAACCUUCGAAGGCCAAGGUCACGCGCCAGACAAAGACGCCAACAACAUCUGCUUCUGCGUCUGCGAAGACGAAGCCAGCCGGCGCCAAAGCCAAUAGCGGUAAACUUCGCGGGAACAGGGGGAAGUUGCGGGACAUGCUGAGCAUGCCUUUGGACAUAUUUUACGAGGUCUGUAAGCUGCUGUCGCCGGCUGAUCUCCUCAGUCUUGCUCGAACGAGCAAGGGCCUGCGUGAGAUCCUGAUGUCUCGUAGCAGCAUCACUGUGUGGAAGUCUGCGAGGCAAUCUCUCGGAGAUCUUGUCCCUCUCGAGCUGCCCCGCGAAUUUUCAGAACCAGCAUGGGCGGCACUGGUCUUUGUCCGUGCUUGUACCGGAUGUGACACCAAAAACGCGCAAAUAGUUGACUGGGCCUUCAAACGGCGUCUUUGCACAUCCUGCAGGAAACAUAACCUUUUCUACGAAGGUAAACUCAAGAGCACUUAUCCUGAUGCAGACCCUGCCGUCCUCGAGCUGCUCCCUUACACACACACGGGAGCGUGGGCACAUGGUUUAGCUUCUGGAAAGAGGUACUUUUGGCAUGACGAGCUCCGAGUCCUUGUUAUGCAGCGCGGAAAACUGCUCAAAAAUUUCAUGAUGGGUAAAACGGGCGCGAAGGCUGCGUUGACCGAGUUCGACACAGUCAAGCUUAAAGCUGUGAAGUCUCUUAUGAAGAGUUGUGACGUCUUGGAAACAUGGUAUGACGAGUUUGAUAGGAACCGUGCGGCUCAGUCGACCGACGCAAAAACGGCUCGAUAUGAAGCUAUCGUGAACCGCCUUCUCGCUUUGGGUUACGAAAGAAGGGAUAUGUCCUGCUGGACUUUCAAAAACCUCAGCGCGGUCAAUUCAAGCAAGCCGCUUACGGAUCGUGGUUGGAAUACAAUCAGACCUGGACUAGAGAAGUAUUGUACGAAAGAAAGGGAUGACCGUUGGGAGAGCGAACGCCGCCAUGCGCGCGAAGAGCGCACUAGGAAAGCCAAAUGUCUCUACGCCGAAUAUCGCCGCACUAUUCUUCCCUCGGAGUGGUUUUAUCUACCUACCCCGGAACAGGCCACCAAGCUCCCUUGGUGCGCGGAGAUCAUCGAACGCGACUUCAAAACCACGUUGGUCGAGUCCGACUUCGACGUUCCUCUCACGAACCUCGCCUCAUCAGUCGAAGCCUGGGUUAGAGAGAAAAGGGAUCACUGCAUUGCGAUGUUGCCGGAGGAAUAUCGUGGCGCCAUGCCUUCCUCCGCCCCCAUGAUCCCCACCUCGCUUACGUCUCCAUCCGUCAGCGAUGUUCGACAAGGCAGGUCUCGCGGGAACUUGUGUCCGUUCCUGGGUCCUCUGGAAUUGGCUCGGGCUGUCUUCAGGGUUCCGAACGGUACGAACCUGUUGGUGGCGAAGGAGGCGUGCCAUACAUGGAAAGAGGAGGCACUGUCUAUCGAGUUCUCGGCUUGUGGCUCAGAAGCUGCUGUGCAGAUGAUGACGUUGGCUGGAUUGGACCCAAAGUCGACGACUGCAGCCGACCUCGACGCCAAGGACCACCGCUUCCUGUGUCUGAAUUGUUAUCGCGCAAACAGGGAGUCCUGGGGUAGUAUCAAAGCGGAGACCUGGAGAUCAGCUGUCGAGCACCAAUUCACUGCUCCAGAGACGACGCAUGUGGUUCCUGCGUGGCAGCUGGUUCAGCCCACGGAAGCUGUCAGCAUCAGAAUGCGAGAGCGACUUCUCUCUAGCGCACCCCAUGCUAGCCACAACCACUGGCACUGCCAGCAUUGUGGGCCGCGUCAAGAGAGCUAUCAUUAUAUGUGGCGUAACGACCCCUUGAACGCGAAAGAAUACAUCGACGUUUCAUGGAACAGGCAGGGUGCGAUCAGUCACGUCCAGGCGACACACAAUAUCCCUAAUCCUUCGGAUGCCGAUGUGGUCUAUAUCCCACCACCUGGGUGUCCCGACCCCGGAAAGCCCAUCGUUACGUAUAUUAUCGGGGCGUCCCCUCCCCCUACAGUCUCCGCGAAGACGAAGAAGGGACAAAACUUUGCAUGCAAGCAUUGCCAACCCUCGAAGAACCCGAGACUUUUCGUAGAACGUGGUGUUAUGGACCAUAUCAAGGCUGUGCACAAGGUCACAGAUCCGAAGAUCGCAGUGGAUUUCGAGAUUCAUGUUCAGCCAAAUACUUGAGUGUGGCCGAUGACGUCUGCUGGUAUGACGGUCUAUUACUUGGCUUGGACAUCACACGCUCCGUCUUUGUUUCUUGGACGCUUCUCGUUCCCCUCACUAUUGUACUAGCCACGCAUCUUCUGCCUCUAAUUCGUCUCAUGAUUUUUUGGAUAUUUCUUGCUUACCAAAAAAAAACCCAUCACCAUCUUACGAACUACGCCUCUGUCUAAUCCAUCAUAUUU